UCCGCUCUCCCAGUCCCGGCCCUGGAAGGCUCCGGGCUUGGCUUUUUCCCCUUCGUGGCACAGCCACGAACUAGCAGCCGAUGCCACAGCCAUCCCUGCCCGACCUGCUUCCCUCCUGUGACCCGGAGGGAGGCCGCGGCUGGACCCCACCCGGGCCCAGGGCUGACUGCGGAGCAGGGAGCGGAGCCUGGCCCGGGGGCCUGGGAAAGAGAGGGGAUCAGCGGAGGGCUCGCUGGUCCAAGGAUGGAGGGGAUGGCGGAGCCAGAGGCCAGACCUGCCAGUGGGGGCCUUCUAGAGUCCAACAUAGGGAGCAGAAUAACCAGCUCCAUGGAAGUGACCUCAGCUAUGGCGAGAAGUGGCACUGAGCCACAGCCCAAUAAUGGACACCUCCCAAGACCCUGGUUCUGCCCUCAGGAAGACAGAACACCCAGCCAGAUGGUCCCCCACCCUCCCAGGGCAUGGGGGAUACAGUCCCAAGGACCCUCCGUGCUGGAGUCCAAGGUCAGGGCCUUGAAGGAAAGUAUGACAGCAGGCAAACAGGGGGCAAGCCCCUGCCUCAUGACCCAUGAGAGACCACCCCCCAAGAAACCCAAAUGCCGACGAGUCAAAGUGGGUGGAGCCCGAACUCCAUCAUCAGGGUCUCCCUUGCUGGAUACAGUUGUGGUUCUCCAUGCUCAGAACCCGAACGAGGGACCGCUGGACAACAGUGUCAAUGAGAAGGAGCCUGCCAUGAAUGGGGGCCCCAGACCUCCCAGGCUGCCCGCCCCUGGGCUAGAGUGCUGCAGUGGGAGGAGCCUGUGGGCUCCAGAAACAGUAAGGAUACUGCCUGACCAUGAGAGGAGUCUGCUGCUGGGGUCCAGCUCUUCGCAAGACAGCCCCCUCCACAGAGUCACUUCAGGACAAUCUAGGGGCCCUAGACCUUGUAACAAAAUUACCCACGUGCCCAACCUGAGGAAAGGAAGGUAUUGCCCCCUGCAGGAUGCUCUAGUUGCAGGCGAAGACCUGGAUAGCUUGUCUCUAACCUCCGAGGAGGACUUUGUCCCCAGGCCGGCCCUGAUGGGGGGCCUCUGGAGAGCCGGAGAUCUGGGGGCUCUGGGCACGGGGCGCAGCGCCUUGCCCCUGUCUGAACAGGUGGAGAGGAACCGCCUUCUUCUGCAGGAGAUGCUCAUUGUUGGGGGGCAGGGCCCCCCCAAGGUGGGAAUCCCAGCCCGGACUCUAUCCUGGGACAGAGCUGUAUCAGAGCAACCAUCUGGGGACAUGGACUGGGACUCAGGCAUCUCCCUGCAGGACUCAGACCAGAACAGGACCUUUGGCCCCAAGCCGGAGCCCGUGCUGAGGAGCCCCAGGCAUGAGGAAGCCAGGCACCUGCUGCAGCGAGCCCGCAUGAAGGCCAGGACCCGGCCCCUCCGUGCCAGCCAUGAUAUCAUGCCCACCAUUGACCAGGGUGGCCGGGAUGGCAGGAGAAACCCAGCCCUGGACCGGAGGAUGCCCUUUGCCUGCAGAGACAACCGCCACAACGGGAGCACGAGCGACUCCUCCAGCGGGGAGUCCAGCAGCGGGCAGUGGCCGAAGCGGGGCCCCUCCCCGUCCCACGUCCGCUUUGAGGAUGAGUCUGCCCGGGAGGCCGAGUCCCGCUACCUGGAGCGGCUGCAACAGCGCCAGCGCCAGGUGCUGGGCCCUGCGCUGCAGAUGGCAGAGCAGGGCCCCCUGCGCUCCAAGCCAGAGCUCGCAGACUACAUCGCCGGGGGCCUCCUGCGCAGGGACGCAAGCGAACGGACUCCGCACAGGCUUGUGGGCCACCUGGACCGGAGAGCCUUCCCGGAGCGGCCGCCCACACGGGGCAUCGAGAGGACCUGCCGAGCCUGCGGCAGUUGCAUCGAGGACCAACACCCUGCCCUUGGGAAGGCAGCCGGGGACCCCCAGGUCCUCCAGGAGCACGGGCUCCCUGGGCCCCAGGAGGAGUUGCGACCAGGAAACCACUGGGCUCCCUCUGUGGAUUCCUCGGCUCUGUGCCGGAAGGUGUGUGCCCCGGCCUCCUUCGUGAAGCUGGCACCCUUGGGGCCAGGCAGACAAGACCAGGUUAUAGGAAGCCACCAACCUCUGGAAACCAUCCCCCUGCAACAGAGCCAUGCAGAGCCCUCUGCCCCACACCAGGCCCAGCAGCCAACGGUUUCCCUUUCCUCGGAAGGCUGGGUGCCAACUCCUCCUUCUUCCAGGAAAACCACUUCACCUGGGCCUCACAGGAAGGCACGCAGGCCUGGUGACCGGGGAGAAUCUGCUGGCACCCGCCGGGCUCCUUUAGGAAGUGUAGUUCCCAGGACCUGUGAGCUCGGUCCCCCACAGACACAGCCCCGCAGCCACCACGGUGGGCACCCACUGCUGGGCCUCCCCACCAACAACUGCAACAACAGUGUGCCUGGGUCCUCGGGGGGCGCCGUCCUCGAGGGCAGGGUGGAGAAGGGCACGAGCAGCCAGGAGCCCGAGGCACCCCUGGAGAACUGCAGAGGUGGUGUUGGCACCGUCAGCUCCAUGGGUGUCACCUUCUCCCUGGCCUUAGAGGAGCCAGAGUCCAGCCAGGAACCAGAGGAAGGCCUGCAGAAGACAGAGUCAAGUUCUGAAGGGCUUGUGUCAUCCCAAGACCUACCAGGGGUCAGUGCAGGACCUGGCCCACCCUCAGCUGCCCCUUCUGACAGGAACAAGAAAGCCAGCAGCAGCAUCACCACCCUGGGGCUGAAAAAGUUCUUCUUGGCCUUGGGCCAGGGCACACGGCCCAAGUUGGGCAAGUCCCGCAGCUGCAGUGUGGAGCAGCUGCAGCCCCCUGCACCUGGUCCGGCCUCACACACCAGCACCCCCAAAGUGAAGAGAGCCCCAUCGUUACAAUCCCUGCAUCGGGUGUCACCCUCUCACCAACAUCGGAAAGCUGCCUCCUUUCAGAAUCUCUAUUCUCUGCUGAGUGGCAAGGUGGACCGGUCCAGCCUGUACCUGGUAGGGGAGCCAGGGGACCACAGUGAACCUGGCAGGUUAGCCAAGGCCCCGCCCCGGCGUGCGCUCAGCGUGGAGGAUGUGGGUGCCCCCAGCCUGGCCCGCACAGUGGGCCACGUGGUGGAGGUGUUCCCAGACGGCACCAGCCAGCUGCAGCUGCAACGCUCCCCAGAGGGCACGUUUGGCUUCUGUGUGGCCUCCGGGAAUGGGCGCCGGGACUCAGGCUUCUACGUGCAGGAGAUGGCUGAUGCAAGUACGGCCAAGCUGUACUCGGGGCUGCUGGGGGUGGGGGAUGAGAUCCUGGAGGUGAACGGGGCCAAGGUUGCAGGGCUGGGAUUGGCUCACAUUGAGGAGCUCCUGACCCAUGCAGAGAGCUUGUCACUCCGUGUGCUGAGGCAGAGGCCCAUCCCACGGUGACUCAGAGGUGCUCUGGGCCUCAAUGUCACUCCCUCAGAAGCCAUGAAGCGCCCUGGGGGGAGGGGUGACUGGGAAUGCACUGCACAAAGCUACUUGGGAGAGGGAAGGAGCCUACUUGGAUAGUUUGUUUAAGGAUGUAAUUUGUGCAAAGCAAGGAGAAGAAAAUAUGGGUGCCCGGGCCUGUGGUGGUGUCAACAGCUUCCUGCACCUUUGUUGGCAGGGGGAGGAAAGAGAUUCAUUGAAUCAUUCAGUUGGUCCCCGAGCAUCGCCUCACCUUCAGGUCCCAUCCCACUCCUUGUCAAGGGCUCCUGCAGCUUCCAACACUCCCGAACCAAAGACAGUGCUGGGCCAUAUCGGCCUGGAGCCUGCCUCUUCCCAUCUCGUUCUCCCAGCUCCCAUUUCACACCUUUGCUCUUUUUCCAGAAAUGGGAAAAGUGUCCUCGAGUAACAGCCUUGUAGCCAUUGACCCCAAAUCAAAAAUUGGAACAUGUGGUCUGGUGUGAAAACAUCUAGGAGAUGUGAUCUGGUAGCCUGAAUAUUACGAAUAUUUUGUAAUAUCUAAGAUAGAGGAGGGAAAAAAGGAACCUGAGACCAGUUUCAGGGAGGUGCAGCUGUGGCCAGUGAGACUGGCCAGAUCAGCCCCAUCCCCACUGCCCUUCCUCUGCCCCUGCCUCUGCCCAGAGCAAGGCUGGAGCUACCGGAGCCACCUGGCCAGGAAGGCCUCUGCCUUCCUUCUGUUGAGCUUGGACACUGGGCCGCAGCUAGGGCCACGCAAUCCUCAGCCACAAGCUCUCUGUCCAGACUCCCUGACAGCAGCUCUGGAUAGGCCAACCCGCAGGGAGAAGGCCAGGCACAGGCCCGGAGGAUGGGCUGUCCCACCUGGUCACUCCCCUCCUCUAGGACUGAACACUGCCCAAAGGGUUAGUGGGUGGCCAUGUGUCCGUUUUAAUUUAUUAAAAGCCAAAGCUGAAGCUUC